AUGGUCAAGGUCGGAGACAGCAUUCCCAGCAUUCCUCUCGUCGAGGGUCUGCCUGACAACAAGAUUGAUCUGGCUUCGGAGCUUGCGUCUGGAUCGGGAAUCAUCAUCGGUGUCCCAGCGGCUUUCAGCCCGACAUGCACUGACUCUCACAUCCCCGGCUUCAUCGCCCACCCCAAACUGAAGAGCGCCGGAAAGGUCUUUGUCGUCUCCGUCAAUGACUCAUUUGUCAUGGCGGCCUGGGGCAAGUCCCUCGACAAGGACGCCUCGUCCGGCAUCCGCUUCCUCGGCGACCCCAGCGGAGAGUUCACCCGUGCCCUCGAUGUCGAGUUCGCAGCUGCUCCUCUCCUCGGCACGAACCGAAGCAAGAGAUACGCGAUGGUCGUUGAGGGCGGAAAGGUGAAGAGCAUCAGCGUGGAACCUGAUAACACCGGAGCCACUGUCUCGACUGCAGAGAAGAUCCUGGGUUAG